AUGUGGGAGGUGAGACUUGGACUUACCAGUCUAAGCAUUAUUGAGCCUAGCUGCGUGACCAUCGUCACCAGGUCGGCGACGGUGCAAUCCGAAUACAACCCCAACAACCUCUGCAACGACAUCGCCGUCGUCUUCCUGGGUACCAACGUCCCAAUCAACAAUUACAUCGGACUGGUGAACCUGCCUUCUCGCUCACAGGCGAGCAACAGCUUCGAAGGCCAGACCGCUACGGUCAGCGGCUGGGGCCUCAAUACCGACAAUGGUGUCAUCCCAGACACGCUGCAGUACACGACACUCAACGUCAUGUCUAACACGCAGUGCAGCCAAUACUUCGGCGGUCCCAUCUUAGACUUCACACUCUGCGGCGUCGGUUCCAGCGGACAGAGCACCUGCAACGGCGACAGCGGCGGCGCGCUGGUGGUCGGCUCACAGGGAAGCUACACGCAGAUCGGGAUCGUCAGCUGGGGUUCGGGCAAGGGCUGUGCGAGCGGAGACCCGGCCGGCUUCACCAGGGUCACCUACUUCCUCGACUGGAUCUCAAAUAAAUCACUUCUUUAUGACAUCAAAGAUAAGACUCAUAUGGGAAUAUCUACUGUUGAUGGCAACAAGCUCCAGUGUCACCUGGCUGGGAAACUAGAUCCAUAUGUAAGUGUAAAUGGUGAAUCAGAUAUGGUUACAGCACACAAUGUUCAUUAUGUGAAAAAUGUGGCAACUAACCUGCUGUCUGUAGGGGAAAUUGUCAAGAAAGGAAAUACAGUCACUUUUGACAUGCAGGGUGCAAGAGUAAUCAGUGAAAGUGGUGAAGUUAUAGCUACAGCAAAUAUCAGAGCUCUCUGA